GUAUCCGCGUCUCGCCAUCAACCCGAAAACACCUGCCCCCCGGCACUCAGACCAACCCGCAAGACCGCCGAAGAGGACAGUAUGGCUGCCCUCAUAGGCGAUGUUUUCGCUGACUCCUCCUCGCGCUUUUACGGCAUGAUGGGGGGCCAUUCACACGACAUCCACUAUCAAAGCCGCUCUGUCAGCCGAUCCCGCGAUCGGGAUGCCCAAUCUCACCACCCGCAACGCUCGACCGCGAGUCCACAGAGGGCAUCUGGAUCCGUCGCAGCCGCGCAAAACCAGUCGCGGAACAGGUUAGAUUCACAACAGCAAAGCGGCAAGCAGACCCGUCCCGGCCGCACCGAUACCACCGCUCGACUACCUUCCCCUCCUCCAUCGUCGUAUGCGCCCUCCGAAACGUCAUCUGGCAGCACGCAGCCACAACACGACAUUCCGCGAGAUGGUUCGCUGGACCCCAUUCACGGGUCGUUCUCUGCCUCCGACUCUGGCGCCUCGUCAGCGAGCACGGCCGCGACCGUAAUACCGCCUCCGUCGAGGGCCAUGCCUUCCCCUGGGUCCGACAGUGCGCCGCCCUGGAACUCCUCCGACGUCCAGAUGACAGGAGCUUCCCUGGCUCCGCCACCCCUUGACGACCCACCUGAAUCGCCGAUUCAGACGCAGACAACAAUCCGGGUCCGCGAUCUUGCGCACAUUCAGAGUCUGGCAAGGGCCGACCUGCUCACUGGCACCAGGCCCGGAGUCCUGAGCGAUCCACCCCUACAACAAAUGAAAUACGAUAUCAGUGGUAUGCCUAUUGGCGAUAUUAUAGAAAUGGUUGCCGCCCUUCUCACCAAGAUCACGACCACAAAUGACCUCCAGCACGACGCCCUCAACCGCAACGCGCACCACCUUAGGCAGGCACAGGCGCAAGCGAGGGGCGAUGAAGGCGCCGGGGAAAGCAGCAUGAGCCCACUAAGCAGCAGUGUCCUUGCCUUCCAUGGCAAGAACGUGCCCGCUAUCACCAUCCUAAGCUACCUCAGCCGCAUCCAUAAAUACUGCCCGACCACGUACGAAGUAUUUCUCAGCCUGCUGGUUUACUUUGAUCGGAUGACGGAGCGGGUCAACGAUAUGGUGUUGAAGAGCGAAGAGGCUCGGCGGGUGCAGCUCGAAGGACACCAGCCGCAUCAGCAGCAGUCACAACCCGCGCACACGUCGGCAGGGCCGAGCGACCCGGAUAAGGACACAGACAUGCGUGACGACGACGAUGAUUCGAGCGAAGGAACCGAGACGGACUCGGAGUUAGCGGAUUCGACAGACGGCGACGACGAGAGUGUAGGGCAGGCAGGGAGAAAACCGGGAAGCGUCGCGUCGAAUAGCCAUGCCAACAUUCACGCCGCGGCUGCGCAUGCCACGUACUUCGUUGUCGACAGCUUCAAUAUCCACCGCUUAAUCAUUGCCGGGGUGACCUGUGCCAGCAAAUUCUUCUCCGAUGUGUUCUAUACCAACUCGCGUUACGCAAAGGUUGGCGGUCUUCCUCUCCCUGAACUGAACCACCUGGAGCUGCAGUUCCUUCUCCUCAACGACUUUCGCCUGGCCGUGCCCGUCGAGGACCUGGAGGCGUACGCUACCAUGCUCGUGGAAUUCUAUGCGCGCGAGGUCGUCGCUCAGAGGUCGCGGCCUGUUGACUGAGGGCACACCAACUGCGACCCACAGUCUGUCGUUGGUUCGGAUGCCAAGGGACUGGUGGUAGCUGGGAGGGAUGGGGCCGAUCCUUUUAUCGCCGGAUCGGCCUUCGGACCGGGAUUGGAAGACGGAUACACGGGCAUACAGACAGUUGCUGGCGUUUACCUACUAGACGACGAUCCGGCGUUUGGGCAAAGGGUUCGACGUAUGAGGACUGGAACGGCCGAGGGGAGAUGACGGUUGAUGUGGACAGGUAGUGAGACGCGCUGCAUUUGGUUGCGGACGUGUUAACCUAUUAAAGCGUACCUAUAACGCACUUACAAGAGUUGACCUGUCU